AUGGCGAACGGCAAGAAAAAGAAGUGCACCAGCGACCGCGGCCCUACGGCUUUACACAAGUAUCGCGGCACCGGCUUCGAGGAAUUCUACGCCGACCCUCCCAUGACCCCUGCCGAAGCCCAAGAAGAACGCGAGAAUCUCUACCAUCCACGCAUCGAAACAUGCAUCCAGCGCUACCGCGCCCGACGACGUCUGGGUGCCUCGGACCAGAUGUUUAACAAGUACCUCUUUCUCGGUGGUAUUGACUCCACCCCGCGCAUGUUCGGUGGCAACGUCGAUGCCGACUUAAAGGACAUGUCUCCAGAGGAAAAGCGGAGCGCUGCGGCCAUCGACACCGUUCACAUGUCCGGCGGCGGCAGUCGCUUCUACAACGAUAACGAUCCAGAUGACUGGGACGUCGACUUCGCCGGCGUCGCCGCAGGCUUCCUGUCCGAGAAUCUUCCGACGAUGACGGCGUGGGACUACGCCCAGAUGGGCAAGGCCGUCGGCGUGCUGGAGAACUUCCUCACCUACGUCCUCCAGCAUGACGUGUGUCCCGAAUACAACGCCAACGUCAAAGAAGCCCUAGCUAUUUGCCAGAAAGCCAAAGUCGAGCUGCCUCAAGCUCACCAAGCGCUCCUGCGCUUCCCAGGGGAAUUCAACCUGGCGCUUUUGGAGCUGUUCUGUGGUGACUUUCACUUCUUCGGUGAAGGCGAGUUUCAAAGACCCAAGGACUUCGCAGCCGAGGAUAUUUUGAAGAUCGCUAUCACAACGGCGGGAACCCAACAGCAGUACGAUGCUGUCAUGAAGGGCUUGGCCGACAAGUCCAUCAAAGUCGUCAGCGAGGAGGAAUGUGACAUGGAGGUUGUGGCUGUUCACCGCCCGACGAUCGAAUCGCGCAAGCUCGUCCGCAGCAUCAGGCUAGACAAGGGAGGACCAUUCGCUCCUGUCGGCUCAAUCGUUGCCAAGCCGUGCCUGAUUGAGGACGGUUACGAUCGCGGAGCAGACUUUGAGCUACCCAAGGAGGAGGUAACCUUCUUUCUGGACGACGCCAUCCUCGUGAGACUGCAACCCGGAUUUAAGCUGCAGCUUUGCGUCUGCGAGCUCAACAUUGACAUCAAGUUUAUCAAACAGGCUCGUCUCGUGCUUGUGGAAUGGCACACCUUUCUGCCACAGAACCUCAUGCAGCACUACAAAGAGCCUGUGCCCUGCGACCGCCCUCCCCCGUCGGCCGUCAAGAUGGAUAGCGAAGGAGUUCAUGUCGAUGCGAACGAGCAGAAGACGUUGGACUCUUAG